CUCCAGCGCUGCAGAGGGAGGGGGCGGCCCGGCCCGGCCCAACUCUGCCCCCGGCCGGCCCGACCCCGGCCCCGGCCCCCGGACAAGCCCUUAUCUGAUCCGAGCUCGGGGUUUAAGAGUCUUGGCCCUGCCCGUCGCACAGCUCCGCUCGUCACUCCUGCCCGCCCCGUCUGUUCAUCUGUCCAGCUGCCAGGCGGUCCAUCCGUGCAACUACUCCACCUGCGAGCCAAGAUGACAUCGGUUGCUAAGGUCUAUUACAGUCAGACAACCCAGACAGAAAGCAGGCCCCUAGUGGCCCCAGGAAUACGACGGAGGAGGGUCCUAACAAAAGAUGGCCGGAGCAACGUGAGGAUGGAGCACAUUGCUGACAAGCGUUUCCUCUACCUCAAGGACCUAUGGACGACCUUCAUUGACAUGCAAUGGCGCUACAAGCUUCUGCUCUUUUCCGCAACCUUUGCAGGCACCUGGUUCCUCUUUGGUGUGGUGUGGUAUCUGGUAGCUGUGGCCCAUGGGGACCUGUUGGAGCUGGGACCCCCUGCCAACCACACCCCCUGUGUCGUUCAGGUGCACACACUCACUGGAGCCUUCCUCUUCUCCCUCGAAUCCCAGACCACCAUUGGCUAUGGCUUCCGUUAUAUCAGCGAGGAGUGCCCUCUGGCCAUUGUGCUCCUUAUUGCACAGUUGGUGCUCACCACCAUCCUCGAGAUCUUCAUCACAGGUACUUUCCUGGCAAAGAUUGCCCGGCCCAAGAAGAGGGCUGAGACUAUCCGUUUCAGCCAACAUGCAGUUGUAGCCUCCCACAACGGGAAGCCUUGCCUUAUGAUUCGAGUUGCCAAUAUGCGUAAGAGUCUCCUCAUUGGAUGCCAGGUGACAGGCAAACUGCUUCAGACCCACCAGACAAAGGAGGGUGAGAAUAUUCGGCUCAACCAGGUCAAUGUGACUUUUCAAGUAGACACGGCCUCUGAUAGCCCCUUUCUUAUUCUACCCCUGACCUUCUACCACGUGGUAGAUGAGACAAGUCCCUUGAGAGAUCUCCCCCUCCGCAGUGGGGAGGGGGACUUCGAACUGGUGCUGAUCCUGAGUGGGACAGUGGAGUCCACCAGCGCCACCUGUCAAGUUCGCACUUCCUACCUACCGGAGGAGAUCCUCUGGGGCUAUGAGUUCACACCUGCUAUCUCACUGUCAGCCAGUGGCAAAUACAUAGCCGACUUCAGCCUUUUUGAUCAAGUUGUGAAGGUGGCUCCCCCUGGUGGUCUCCGUGAUAGCACGGUACGCUACGGAGACCCAGAAAAGCUCAAAUUGGAAGAAUCAUUACGAGAACAAGCUGAAAAGGAAGGCAGUGCCCUUAGUGUUCGCAUCAGCAAUGUCUGACUUCCUGUCUUCUCCUCCCCAGCCCUUUGGCCUUCUCCCCUUUCAGUGCCUUGGGAAAAGGAGACUAUCUGGGUUCUCUGGAGAAGCCCAGAAGCACUCAUCCUCUGCUUCCCCUUCCUUAAGUGGAUGGCCUGU